AUGCAUGAGUGGUACACAAAAGUAAUAAGCAACCAAAAUGGGCAUAUCUACGAUGUCACCGACCAACGGUGGUACCCUUUGAAUGAUCAUUACAUAAUUGAGCUGAAAGAAGAACUUAAAACUGGCAACUACACCCUACUAUUACGUUGGAAUAAUGACUUUUCAGAAAAUAAGGAGAUUUUCCGAAUUGUUAGUCACGAUAUUUCAUCAAAUGACAGUUACUUUUUUAUCGGAGCUAAAAAUUUGUCAACUGCUCGUAAUUUAUUUCCGUGUUGGGACAAACCAAUUUUUCGAGCUAAUUUUGAAAUAUCGAUAGAACAUCCAAAAAAUUUUACUGCAUUGUCAAAUAUGCCGAUCGAAAGGAAUUUUACUACUCCCAAGGAUAAUUAUCUGACUUACUUUCAAAAAACUCCUUUACUGUCACCGCAUUCAAUAAGUUUUGCGAUAACAAAUUAUCCUGUAAUUGCAACUAAAUUGAAGACCUUAUCAAUGUAUUCUAUCAAGCAAAAUCAGGCCUCGUUCCUAAAUUACGCAAUCAAUUUGAAUUCAAUUCUACGCGCUUUGUUCAAUUACAUGAGAAUUUUUUAUCCACUACCGAAAAUAGAUUCUGUUAUCAUUUCAGGAAACGAAGAUGGAUGUAUUAGUAAUCCAGGUCUCAUUUUUUACAGAUCGUAUGAAUAUUUGUCAACAUCCAAAUCUCCGCUUGUUCUUUACCGAAACCAAGAAUUUGGAGACUUAAAAACCAUAACAGCCAUUACUCUUCAAUGGUUUACAGAUUUAGUUACGCCAAAUGAUUCUAAUUAUUUCUGGUUGUAUAAUGGGAUUGGUCAUAAUCUUGCUGCUAAGAUACAUGAUCAAAUCCAUCCAAAAUUACGUAGAAGGGAAAUGCAAGCUUUGGAACUUUACAAUUAUCUGCUCGAUCCAGAAUUCAAAAAACUGUCAUCAAUAUCGCUGUUAUCUGUCGGGAACCAAACAUAUGUUAGCGAAAAUGUGAAACAAUAUGUGAGAGGCGCUUCAAUAAUGCAAAUGUUGGAAUAUGUAGUUUUUAAACCAGAAUUUUAUCGAAAUAGCUUACAGCAGUACCUCAGCAAAAAUUUGUUCAAAACGACAACCUUGGAAGAUUUAUGGACAAGUUUAGAAAAUGCGCAGAAGAAUAAUUCCAGGAUGUCUUUAAAUGUAAAAGUGACGGUUGAUUGUUGGAUCAAGCAACCUGGCUAUCCUAUUAUUAAUGUCACAAGAAACUAUCAUACAGGGUCUGUAAAAAUUACUCGAGUUAAUUCAAUUAAUAAGUCAAAUUGUGCCUGGAUUAUACCUUUAAAUUUUGCAAUUCAAUCAAAAUCUGAUUUUUCAUUAAACAACUUUAUGUUAUUGAUGCAUGAUGACGAAAUGACGUUUUAUCCACCUGAUCUCGGUUCAAAUGAAUGGAUUAUUUUAAAUAUUCAACAAUUGGGUUACUAUAGAGUUUUCUACGAUGAUAAAAAUUGGAAUUUUAUUAUCAAUUAUCUUAAUUCAGAAAAUUACCACAAAAUUCAUCCGAUAAAUCGGGCAGUAAUAAUCGCUGAAAUCGAAGAGCUCUAUCGUAAAAACGAUGGUUAUCUUAGUAAAUUAUUUAAAUUAUUAUGGUACCUUAGACAAGAAAAAGAUCAUUUACCAUUGAUGAAAGCGAUCAGACCGUUAAAUACUAUUCUAAAUUUAAUGAAUAUUAAUAGAGGAAUACUCAAUGAUUUUAUAAGUAAAAUUUUGAGUCCGAUUAUUACAUUUCUCAAUUAUGAGUAUGAAAAUGGUAAAUAUUUUUACUACACGGCUUCUCUAAGAUUGAACUUUUUACGGAUAUACUGUCCAAUUAAUCAAAAUGACGAAAAAUGUAAAAUAAUUGCUAGUGACAUUUAUAAAAGAGUCUUAAAAAAUCGAAAAGAGGAACAAUACUUUGUUAAAUAUUACUCUUGGGUACUAUGCACUGUAAUGAGAGAUUUUGAUGAGACAGAAGCUAACGAUUUCUUUUCCCUAAAAUUUUUAUUGUUUAGGAAUAAUAACUUGGAGAAAUAUAUGUAUUUACAUUGCAUAAAAAAUCAUACUCUCGUUAAAGAAUACUUUCCUAAAAUAAUGAAUAGUGACCAGAUAACUUCUUCGGAUCAGUUUUUGAAAUUUGUUGAUUCUUUUAUGCUGGACCAUAAGUUUUCUGGCAAUAUUGAAUUUAUAUUAGACUACUUUAUAGAAAAUUAUUCGGAGAUACUCAAAAAGUUUACAGACAGCGAAAGAAUGAUUCCAAAAUUGAUUAUCCGUUUGAGUUGUUUUAUUGGCGGAAUUAACCAGUGGGAAAAAUUGAAGGAGUUCAUUCUUUCACGGGGUUCAGAAUUUAACUACCGAUAUCUGAUAUUUAAAAAUGAUAUUAUUCAGGAUUUGAUGAAUCGACAGUCAGAAAAUCUUUUAAGAAAUAUUCAAUACAGCCAGCUGUUGACAGUUAUAAUGUCUCGGUAAGCCGGCUAGAAUGUUCACUUUAUAAAACUAAAAACAUUGUUAAUUUAUGCUAGGGCUAAACAAUUUGGGCGGCCAAGUUAGACAAAAAUGGUUAUAGUUAUCCUAAUAACUUAUGAUACUACCCUCGCGGUUUUGAUAAUCCGAACAAAAACAGUUUCACUGUAAAAAAAAAUCGCGCCAAG